AUGUCCAUAGCGAAGCAGGAGCUCAAGAUCGAGCUCAAAGGCCACGUUUAUGAGUCUAUCUCCGUCGCCGACUUCGUGAAGAUAGUCUGGGAUCUCGACGGCGCAACAGUCGACCUGAUCCUAAGCCGGCCGUGGACCCUUCGAGCAGAUUCAUUGCAGAAAUACGAAGACGUCUACAUCGACAUCGUUACUGCCAAACCAGAGCCCAUGUUACAUCAGCCAUUCCGCGAAAUCUCUGCCGCUUUACUCGAAGAGGUUUGCGCCGCCCUCGACCUCAGCUACGCAGAUACAAUCAAGGACGACUUUUGGGACGGUCAGGGCUCCAAGUAUAUUCGCAGCCGCUAUUCCUAUGCCAGGGGUAGAAAGCCUGAUAUGCUGCGUGGAUGGACGCCAUUCACAGAGGACAUCCUCCAGUGGGGGGAGACGAAGAGCGCCUUGGAGUUCAAGUUGACCAUUGCACGAAGACGGGAGCGGAGGAUUGCGAAGGGUCUCAGUGUACCAACCCCAAAAACCCCACCUAGGAAAAAAACCGGCGGGAAGUCGAAGAAGCCGUCCGGCGAAGGGUUCAGUCUCGCCCUUCAGUCCAUCCAGGAAGAUGGUGAGGAUAAUGGACCUUCAGCCGUGGGCGACGCAUUUGCUGUCCCUUCUCGCCCAUCAAACCGUCAUUCGAGCCGUAAUUCAGCUAGCAAUUCUAUUUCAUCACAAGCAAGCAGAUCUUCUGCUCGUUCCCAAUCCUCCACCCAAUCUCGCUCAACUACACAAACCUCCUCAACUGCACGGAGCGGAUCCAGCUCAGGCACCAGCUCGACCUCUACAAAACGAAGCUUUGGCGAACUAGACGGCCCGAGUGAGGAGAACGCCUCAAAGAAAGCCAAAGUGGAGGUUCAACCUGCUAAAACUAAAGUGACGAUCAGUGGUGACGAGCUGCAGCUCGCGGUCUACGCACUCGAGUGUCUCGGAGAUUCCAGCCGCCACUUCACGACUGGCAUUUUCAUCGACGGCACUUCCACGGGUCUAUGGUAUUAUGACCGUGCGGCUGUCAUCCAAACGGUUCCAUUCGAUUUCGACACCGAGGCAGGUGCCCGGCUUCUCGCUGUGUCCCUCUUCGCUCUUAGUCAAGCAACCCUGAGGCAAGUCGGGUUCGACCCGCAUGUCUACGAGUUCAAGAGGCCGGAGGAUGGACAAGUUGUUACGAAGGCAAACAUUGUGGCUCUCGAUCGUCCUCAGCCUGAAUCGAAGAAACCUUCUCUUUGCUUUCAGUUGUCUCGGAAGCUUGUCACAGAAGGUGGUCGAGAAUCGUUCGAGGAGAUCAUCUUCGUUGUCAACAAAGUGCUUUAUACCUACAGAGCUAUUGUCGGCCGCGGCACCUACGUCGCUGCUGGCGUGCUCGCCCAGAUCGGCGCCGUCCUUUCCAAUGUUCCCCGUGUCCUCAAAUUGAGCUGGCAGUAUCCCUUCCGCACACACGAAGCCGAUAUUCUCGACCGCGCUCGCAGUCGUCUUCCUGAAUACUGGCAUAAGCAUCUUCCACAGACGUACUUCAACGCGGUGUACACUUCGGAAAAGCUAGAAUUGCCCCGCACCAAGCUGAAGGACGUGUUGAAGGAGCCGAACCCGGAGAAGCCCAUUCUAGAUCGCUCCCUGCACGCUCUUGUCACCAAGUUAUACGGAAGGCUCUACGAGGCAGCAAGCGUUGAAGAGUUCAAGCAAAUCUUCCUCGAUUGCCUUGAAUGCCACUAUCACACUUACAAAACCGGACGCGUCCUUCAUCGUGAUAUCAGCGAAAAUAAUUUGAUGUUCGAACGACCGGAGCGACAAACCCAGAACCCUGACGAGUCGACCACUCCGCCCACUCCAGUUGACUCAAUAUGGGGCGUCCUCAAUGACUUCGACUUGGCCUCCGAAGUCGGCGAAGAUGGCAAGGUUCCUGCAAGCUCGGCUGAUCAUCGAACUGGCACCCUUCCUUUCAUGGCCAAAGAACUUGCAAAAGGACGAAGUCUUUCUCUUCCAUCCCCGAUACAUUAUUACCGCCACGACCUCGAAUCCUUCUUCUACAUCCUCGUUUGGGCUGCGGUUCACUACACAUUCAAGAAAGACCGCCGAGGGAAAUCCAUCCGAAGAGCAACCCCGGAAAUCAUGAGGGGAUGGAACAGGAACUCGAGCGCAUACUCAGAGAAGGCUUGCUUUUACGACCAGAAGUUCAGUGACAUUGGCGCCCUUGUUCAGCCCGACUUCAAGGACUUGUGGAAGAAAUGGGUUGUCCCGCUCUGGUACAUGUUCCGUGCGGCGCUACACGACGUCCCCAGUGAACCGGACCAUCCCGAGCUGAAGACUUACGACUACGAAACGUGUUAUGGACGCCUUACAUUUGAAAGAUUUAUGGCGACAAUCAAGGAAAGGCCACGCGGCCUUCAUCCUGGCCAACAGACCCUGAAAUCCGAUGUCGCCCCAGCAGCUGCUUAG